GUGCUCUGCUGGGCAAUUGCACUGAGCUCACCUCAAGCGUUCUCAACACCUCAUUGCAUAUAAUUUCCUGAAGAAUUUACAAGAGAUUUAGAAGAUUAAGAUGUCGUGUGGUGGAAGUUGCAACUGCGGUUCGAGCUGCGGAUGCGGUGGCGGCUGCGGAAAGAUGUACCCUGACCUGGCAGAGAAGAACACCACCACCACCUCAGUGACCAUGGUCCUCGGUGUUGCACCUGAAAAGGGGCACAGCGAAGCGGGUUUCGAGUUGGCUGCCGGCUCCGGUGAGGCCGGCCAUGGCUGCAGCUGCGGCUCCAGCUGCAAGUGCAACCCCUGCAACUGCUAAAUGUCAAGGCGAAGACUGUAACCAUGCAACAGCAUUCCCAGCUGUGAUGAACAAAUAAAAGAAGAUAUCCAGUGUGCAUGAUGGAUCAGUCCCUGUAUAUUUGGUUGUGUGAAUUCAUAAGUAUGUGUGUGUGUUUGUGUGGACAAGAUUCUCCUAUCAAUUGUCAAAGGCCAUUGUGGAUUUUGUGGCUGGAAAACUAUGUGGCUUCUUGUCCAAUCUACUGGUCAUCAUCUUGCCAGUGUGCCAUGUGUAAUGUUGUUCAGUGAAAUGCAAGAUUGUUUGUGUAUGAA